AUAAAUACAAACGAGUUUAUCAGUAAAUGAAAGACAAUCUAUGCGGUAUAUCUCGACUGCUUAUCAGUCGUAAAAGAGUCUUACGCGCUGAACCCUGGAAUCGUUGCUUAUCUCACGGUAUUGCCGAUUUUUCGCAGCAUCAGCGGCUUAGAUAGAGGUCAAGGGCUAUCGUCCGCAAACAUUUGCUAAACAUUGUAAAUGCAAGUGAGCUGUAGCGGCAAUAAUAACGGGAUAGCAAUAAGAAUAACAAUAGCAAAGUUGCUGGCAACGUCGUCAUCCACGUAUGUGUUAUCACUGGCCGGUGACCUUAGAUUAUGCUGGUACUUUCGAUGUUGGAGUACCAGCUAUUGUCCAGUCGCUUUCAUUUAGCAUUGUAGUAGCGACCGCGGCGUUGAGAGUUACGGCUAGAAUGCCUUGACGGACUAGAUGUUUGGUUUCGAGAACCGCGUGAAUAUCGAAUACAACUAAAAUCGCCGACGAUUUGUAACGUAAAAAAGUGUGGCACUAGCAUAGUGUUUUGUUAGUAUCUCUCUAUAUCUGAAAUAUAUAGCAUAGCGUAAUGAUGAAUUUUCAAAUAUGCCGUUGUUGUUUGCGUGAAAAUCCUGCUUCUACAUAUGGUAUUUUCGAUACAAAUACCGUAAGUGAUGGUGAUAGUAAUGAUGAUUGCAACGUUGACGGUAGCGAAAGUUUACGUGCCGCCUUACUGAGCUGUGCGCCGAAUCUGCAUGUUGAGCACAACGACGGAUUGCCAGAUGUGAUUUGUGAUCACUGUUUGGUACGUUUACGCGACGCAAUGGAGUUUCGACGCCGUUGUGAGGAGAGCGAACGUGAAUUGCAACGUCGUUACGCGGAUACGGAACGUGCCAUAGAAGAGGCGCUGCAGCUCAUCAAUACAAUGAAUACUAAGGGUCAACAAGGCGCCGCAGAUUUGGGUUGUGCGGUUGGUCUGCCUUUAACUGGCGACUUGGGUCCAAAUGAACUCGCCAUGUUGGAUGAUCUCUUGCAAUUGGAAGAGCACAACAUCGGACCGCUGUCAGUGAGUAAGCAGCAUAUAGAUAGAGCAGUAGAGGAUAUGCGUUUAGUCAACAAUACGACAGAAAUGAAAAUACCAGCAGGCGACUGUGAACCGCAUAUAGUAAAUGAAGAAGCACCAAUUAGUCCGCAACAUACCGACAGCUCUGCCUCGAAUACGGACAGCUCUCAGGAGAGCGCGCCGAAAUCAUUACAUCCCUGCCCCGAGUGUGAAAAGAAAUUCACACGUAAAUUCCAAUUAAAAUUACACAUGAUCUCCGUGCACAAGUUGGGCGAUGGCCUGCAGUAUGAAUGCAAAGAUUGCUGCAAAACCUUCGCUUCACGUCACAGUCUUAGCUAUCAUCAACGUUCGGUACAUUCGGACGAGCGUCCAUUUGCAUGUACGCAUUGCGAUCGUCGCUUCGUUUUGCGCACACAACUCUCCUCACAUCUGCGCAUACACACGGGUGAAGCCAAGCCGCGCAUUUUCCAAUGCCCGGUAUGUGACAAACGUUGGCCGACCAAAUCGGUCUUGCGCACCCACAUGCGCUCCCAUGUCGUAACACAGGAGCGUCCCUUUAAAUGUGAUCAAUGCGAGAAGGCUUUCUUUACGCGCGGUCAUCUAAGUUCUCACCUGCUCGUGCAUAGCGGUGAAAAGCCAUUUUCGUGUCCCACCUGCGGCAAAUCCUAUCAGUGUGUGGGGAAUUUGAACAAUCAUAUGGCGCGGCAGCAUGACUUCGAACGCAGCUUGGCACGGAGUCGAAGUGCGAAUGUCGAGAGCGCUGAAAUAUAGUUUUAAAUUUUAAUAUAUAACAUACUCAUUUCUAUUAUUGUUAUUAUUAUUAUUAAUAUUAUUAAUAUUAUUAUUAAUAUUAUUAUUAUUAUUAAUAUUAUUAUUAUUAUUAUUAUAAUGAUUAUUAUUAUUAUUGUACUACUAAUUAAUCGGUUUUUGUACUUACCAUAUUUUUACACUUUAUAUUGAGAAUUGUUUGUUUUGAAGUAUUAAACGGAGUGCCUUUUUUA